AUGUGCUUCGACAGGACGAAGUUGUACGAGGCCUGUGGGCACAUAGAGUUCCGCCGGUUUAUAUGCAAUCCGGCGCCCACCAAUAAUGAUAGCGCCCAGUCGGAUAUUGAUAGCGAUGGCAAGAUAUACAUCAAGAGCCGCUUCGCUUGUAGCGAGCAGCCGCAACACGCGAACGAAGUCGAGCGAGGCGUCUGCGGUCGUUGCCGUAAAUUAAGGGGCCAGGGUAAAGGGGCGCAGCGGAAGAGCGAGGUUCUUGAAAUAGAUCAAUACCACCAACAGCCAGGGCUUCGAAUCUCUGUACCGGUAAGUGGAAGGGGCCAUAACUUUGCCAAUACCCUCGAUUUGUUGAUGGUGUAUGUGGAGAAGUUGGAUGCCAACAAGUCCAAGGAUGACCCCGAGCAGCUAAUGAUCCAAUGGUUCUUGCCGAGGGGUGGAAAAAACGAUAACUCUGCCGACAUCGAAGAGUUGCUGAUAGUCGUUUUCCAGAAUCGCUGCAUCGACGAGAUCAAGCAUGGCGCGGAGCCCGAUAAGGUCGAUAUGGUUACCGCAGACGCCACAAAGGAUUGGAUCCUGUUCAAGUCGGAGAUCAAGGAGGCGAUAGAGGAAUGUCGGCAAAUACGUGAGGAGUACCAGACCGCGCAGUGUCAGGUUAGUCGCAUGUUGGAGGCCCUCGACAAUCAAGGAGAGCAUCGCCCGGUGGACAUCAGUGACCAAGUCGAAGUUCUACCCACCAGCAUCGAACCCAAGAAGCCAGAACAACCACGACAUGCAAAGCAAGCAACAACUCACCUGCUCUUCUCUCACUCCAACACACGCCCAUUCUCGCAUUCGGCGACCAAAGUCCGUCGGGAUCUCCCUGCCGCAAAGGGUCGAGUCCGGUCCAUGAUUCAGGCCAUCAACGGCAACAGUGAAGCCAGCCACACAGUCACCCCCAUGGCCAACACCAUCAACCAUCACCGCGGGUCGUACCACGCAGCAAAACUACAGCCUUCCGUCGUCCGUAAAAAGGAGUCAGCAAUCCAGCCUAUGCGGCCUCUGCCAUGUCCCGAACCUCCAACUCUGACCAAGUCGGCAAAGCUAAAGGUCCUCACCCAGCACAGCUUUCACAGACUACCGCCCAUUCCGGAGGAGCCCGAUUCCAAAGCCUUGAUCGUCGCGAAUUCAGCCGCAAAUACGGUCGUCCUCCGCCGCGCCAAGGCCAUCCAGGUUCGAAAUCUCAACGCCUUCCACUGCCCGGUUAGGCAACCGCGCUUCGGGCUCAAGCGGGCGGUGUUGGCUCCGCCUGUCCCCAGGCACUCGACGCCGCCAGUUACUGUACCCUGCUCGAAAUUCGCGGAUCUUGGGCGGCGCAGAGUGUCAAAACUGAAGUGGUGUUUUGGGACCUAG